CUGGACGGCGCGCCAAUCAAAAGAACCCCAGCCUCUUCUCGAGCUGCUAUUUUGACUUUUUCAGUUCUUACUGAGCGACCGGAGACGAGAGGAGGUAACUUGUCUUUGGCAAUAUGCAAAGUUUCUUCGGAGUCUCGCACCUUGUAUCGGUUCUUUUGCUGCAGUUGGCACCUGCGCAGAUUUCACACCCUCCAGAAGAGGGUCAGUCAAGAGUAAUGGCGUUUCAAGAGGUGUGGGUUAAGAGCAUGUGUCGGCCCAUGGAGCAGUUGGUGGAUGUGGAGCAGGAGUACCCUGGAGAAGUGGAGUACAUCUACAUGCCUGCUUGUGUCCCACUUUGGCGAUGCUCUGGUUGCUGUGGGGAUGAGAACCUGGAGUGCCAGGCUACCAUAGGAAGCAACAUCACUCUGCAGGUGAUGAGGAUUCAUCCCAUGAUAUCUAUGCACCAUGUGGAACUCAGAUUUGUGGAGCAUCAGACAUGUGAAUGCAGAGCCCGGCCGAAUCUUCUGAAUAAUAAAAGCAGCAGUGAGUCUAUCAAGAGCAGACCUCGGAGGAGGAAACACAAGAAGACAGCAAACGGCUGUGGCAAGUGCCAGUUCCCUCAAAACAAGAUAGAUCUUCAAUGAUACACAUGCCUGUCCAUUGUUUAAUAUGGAGGAGGGACUUUGAAGUGGCAAACAACAGCUCAUCUGUGAAUGAAUUAUCUCUGACUAUUUACCUUUUGUCUGUACUGUAUAUCUUUCCUCGUCCAGAGCAUUCAUCAGACAUCCGACUUUGCAUCUUGUCCACAACCUUUUUUUUCUUUUUUGAUUAAUUAUCAAAGCAAACAACCGUAUCUGCAAACUCCUUUGGCUUUAACUGCUGUUUUUAACAGAUUGAAAUCAAUGUCAGCUUUAAUUUUUAAAGUCUAGAUACAUUUGCAGGAGGUUUUUAGAAAUAGACAUAGGAUACAACAGAUUUAGAAUAGAGAUAAUGGUAGAUUGCUAUAAGCUUAUCAGUUGCCAGUGUAAAGGAUUAAGGCCUCUAUCCAUCCUCUAGUGUUCACGAUUAGCGACCAAUGGCAACAUUCACAGAGUGGCUAGAAACCUUCUCCAUUACUUCAUGUUCAUUGUGACUUUUGCAGAGUGACUCUUGUUAUAAUAGUUAGAAGAACAACAAAAGACACAAUGUAUAUGACUUUCUGCAUAGUGUUAUUGACUAAUAAUGGGACAUAAUGUGUUUAUACAUUCAUUAAAUAAAAUGCAGUUCAAAUACGAA